AUGUCGCUCAAGCCGCUCACGCCACCGCUGCGCUUUUCGACAGUCGCCUUCGCGUGCACGGAUCAGCCGCAGCCUUCUUGGCAGGCCGAAAUCGCUGCAGACGAUGCAGAUCCUCGAUCGCAUCCGCAUCACCGCGAGUCGGUGUAUCGUGGAGCUUAUCCAAAAGCCAGAAACCUAUCUUUUCUCUCGCGACUACAUCUACGAACCGUACUCAGCUUGACGCCAAGGCCACUUGACAGCGAUAUUGGUCUCUCGGAGUGGUCGACAUCCGCCAAAGGGCCGUCAUCACCAUCAUCUUUUCCGACUCCGAGCGUAGCUGGCAAGGCAUCCAGACUUGGCGUUCAGCUGCUUCAUGUACGCUGCGAGAAGCCCAAGGACGAGAGCGGAGGCCUGACUCGCGAAGGUGCUGCUCGAGCUCUGUCGGUGCUGCUGGACAGACGCAACCAUCCCAUCUAUGUUCACUGUUUGGAUGGCGUGGAAGUCACCAGCACACUUGUUGCGUGCAUGCGCAAAGUGCAGGCGUGGUCCAAUCCUGCUAUCCUUGCCGAGCUCGGGCGAGCCCUGCGUGACUCGAACUCUUCCGAGUGGACAGAAGUGCCUUCACAUCUGUCUUCCUUCCUCAGCAAGUUCGGCCAGCCGGACGGCAUACGAUUGCCGCCGCGAAAUCACAUCCCGUCCUGGCUAUGGCCACCGCCGAAUCCGCUUUCAAUCCUGGCGGAUCCGUACGCAUGGGCAGGUUCAUCUCACUCCCAUCAUCUCACGAAUGGCCAUGUUCAGCAGAUCGCAGCACCUUCGACAAGCGCGCCAAGUACCGACGCUUCCCUUUCAAGGAGCCCUUCUCACACAUCAGCGCUCAACGGCUCAUCCGAUACGAAUGGCGGCGCAACAUCGCGAACAUCUCCAAACCCACCAAUGCAUUCGCACGUGCGUCGCGAUCGCCAGCUGCCCAUUUAUCAUCCCUCCCUGAAGCUUCAUUUCGACGUAGACCCUGACCUGCCACCUGAGCCCAUUGUCCCGCUUACUGCCGCUUUAGCAGCUUCCGCGACAAUAGGAUCCUUGCAAAGACCAAUGACACCAUCUCGUUCCCUGAACAUGCAUUCGCGCACCUCGUCUCACAACAGCAACGCAAGCCUGCGCACCCCGCCUCACUCGCGCCCCGCAAGUCGCUCAGGGAGACCCCCUGCUAGUGGUCCGCACGCAACGACAAGUAGGUCUGCAUCUCUAGCACCAGAUAACGACAGAACAGGCACUUUCAGUCUGCCCCGCAGCACAGCAAGCACUGCACGGGGUGCCCAUUCAUCGGUGAUCAGUCCGAGCCCGGUGUCAGAAGCUCUGCAUGCCGCCGCCAUUGACGUCUCCUCGGUGGCGGCGUUUCUCGAAAGUCAAGUGUCAGACCCAGAUACGAAUGCCUCCGGUCUCGCUCACCAGUCCACCCAAUCGCCCACUCGACGUCCACGGUCCAACCUCGUGCCCGAAACCCGUCUCAAGGUACCACGUGCGAAUGGUUCGCUUUUUCAAGGCUCAAGUCCAGACGAGCAUGCGUCUACCAACACCACGAUCCCGGAUGUCGACGCCGACGAGAUCGACGUAAGCACGCCUCGAGCCAGACCCACCACGUCCAGCAACUACAACAUCGGCAUCACAGGUACCAUUUUCCACCAUGAUGAUGAUAUCACGGACAACGAGGCAGAUCACUCGGGACCAAGUCGAGCGCAAGCUGUUGGGUUACGUAGCACGGAUGCAGCGAGGAUUGUAGUCCCGCUGGAACAGCGCCGCAGGCCAACGGCGCUGGACGAGGCUGAUGGCGAGCAGACUCCGACCAAAGCGAAUGCUUCAGCGCACAGGCAGCCUCUGCAAAGCGCUGGCCCCCGCCUUUCGACCGACCUGGCAACCAGCACCGUGAAGCAAAGUCAAUCAGCGUCACUCGACCAGCAUUCAAGGGCGACUCUGCGACACGACGAACCGCUACCGGACAAUGUGUUCAGCAACCGCAGCUCUAUAGAAGAGCACACGGACGAUCGACAUUCGGAAGAUAUGGUCCAGUCACCAACCGCCUACGAACUCGAUGAGGAUGUCUCCGCUCCGUCCUCGAGAAGAUUCACGAACUCCUACAACUCUGAAGACGGUCAAACGUAUGGAGAGGAGGCAGUCCCUUCAGCGGAACCGGAAGAGUCAGCCAACACAGCUUUGAACGUAGAAGAGGAAGAAGAGGACGGCGUCGAGGAAGAGGAAGAAGAGGAAGAGGCCGAAGAGGACGAAGAGGACGAAGAGGACGAAGAGGACGAAGAGGACGAAGAGGACGAAGAGGACGAGGACGAGGAAGAAGAGGAAGAAGAGGAGGACGAAGAUGAUGAUGACGAGGACGACCUCGCGUUGGAGGCUCUUGAUCUGGAAGGCUAUUGA